AAUUCCAGGUCACAGGAAUGCAGAAGAAUGCAUCAUUCUUCACUAAACACCACUUGUUCACUGCCUAUAUCCAAAAGCCACCAAUUAACUGAUUAGGUGGACAGGCAUAUCAAAACAGAAAAAGGGUAAGUUCACUGGCUUAUAUACAGCUAUUCCAGGUUAUCAUUGUUGUAUUUCAUGUAUGGCAAUAUAUUGAUGGUAUCUCUUGGUAGAGAAAUUGGCACCUCUUCGACAUGUCAGAUUACAGAAAUUAUCCUGAAGACUGGAUUCAUGAGAAGAAUGCACCAACCUCAAUGGCUGAUGAAUUGGAACCACUGUGUAUUUCAGUGGGUCUUUAUGUGAAACCUUCGGCCAGAAUGACAGUUACUGUAUGUCUGCCUCCAUUGAAACAACCCGGACAAUCGAUUUCCAAUUGGGAUUUGAUGGAGAAAAUCAAAAAGGCCGUCAGUCCUAUUGAGCUUUCGUCGAUUCGCGUUAUAACAAGCACCAUCGAGUUGGUUCGAUUUGAGGCAGAGCUUCCUAGCCGCAAGAUUCUUGCUAAGGUCAUUAAAGCUUUGGAUGGUUAUACAUUGAAAGUAAUGGGUUUCUUUGAACCGCUAAAAGUCCGAGCAGCGGAAGCGAAGUCGGAUUUUCCCACUCGGCAUGAUUGGGAUGAGUUCUUCCGAAAUUCAAAUAAUAUGAAUGAGCUAGAACCCGGUGAACGACCGGAUACUAUUUACCUAGCGAAAAUGCCGUCGAAUUGGUUUAAGGAGUGUGGCUCCACUGAUGAUUCAAUGCCCAGUGAACAUGUUCUUCAAAAUGUCUUCGAACGUUUCGGGACAGUUCGGUGUGUUGAUAUCCCAGUUUGCGAUCCUUAUAGAAGGAAAAUGUCUGCUCAAAUAUCUGGUAUACGCACCACAGGUUUUUCAUUCGGACAGGAGAUAUUAUUUGAAGGAUAUGUGCAAUUUGUAGAAUACAUAUCAUUCGUUAGAGCUAUGGAUUUCUUACGUAACAAGAAGUUAGUGAAGAAGAUGCCGGAUGAUAGGAUUUUCGAAGCAGCCAUCAAGGUUGAUUUUGAUAAAAAUAAACAUUUGUCAGACAAAAAUAUACAGAAAAGAUGUGUCGAAAGGGAACGGUUGAAAGAAUUGGAAAAACAAAAAAUUUCAGAAGAAUGUCAAAAAUGUGAAAAGGAAGAGGGGAAUACAGGAAAGGAAUACGUCGAUCGUCGGUCACAGAGUGAAGAGAAACACCGCCGAAAACGAAAUCAAGAAAAGCGACUGAAGAAGGAGCGUCUGUUAAAUGAAAUGAUUGCGGAAGAAGAAAGAAAAUUGCUAAUUGCACAGCGGAAGUUAGAGUCAAGGAGACUGCUUUCGGUACUUUUUUGGAGAAUUGAGGCGAAAUUGCGAAAGAAGGAUUCUAGAAUGAAAAUAAGUUCGAGGGAUCUGGAAGAAGACUUGCAAUCUGAACUGGAAACAAAAUUACGACAAGCUCUUCUUCGAGAACAGGAACAAAGAUUGCGAAAACGAAUUGAAGCUAAGAUGAUACUUGGUAAAUUACAUACCACUAAGAGUGGAAAUCGAAAAGAUUAGCAUGCUUCUAAGAGGUAAGCUGUGAUCCUGUGACGUGUGGGAAAAGAUCACAUCCUUUUCAUAAUUACAUGUUGGAAAUACUUAAUAACAUUUACUAUAAGCUCCAAACUAAAGAACGAAGACUACUGAUUCAUUUUUAACCAGCAAGGUGGAUGGAACACCUUUUUACUAAGUAUUUAGUAGUAGUGAUCACGC